UAAAGAUGAGUGUCUCUGUGAAAAUAAUGAAGAAAUUGAUGAAGAAAUCAGUACAGAUAAAAAUGUAAAAUUAGCUGCAAGAGUAUUAAUAAAGUUAUCACAGGAUACUGCAAGCUCUUUAGAAUUAGAAGGAUUUAACAAAGAAAUUUGCAAAUUAGCUCCAAAAAGAAAUAAAAGAAAUAUAUCGAAACACCAAAAAAAUUUCCAAAUUGAUGAACAAGACUUCCAACUUACUGAUAGUAAAGAAACAAUUUUGGCAUCUUCAACAAAUUCUCCCUCUUCAAAACAAUCUCCUUCUUUUGAAUCUGUAGAACAAUCUCAAGAAGAGAUUAAUUUAGUUUCUUUGGAAUCUAAAUCUCAAGAAGAGAUUAAUUUAGUCUCUUUGGAAUCUGAACCACAAAAGAGUCAAGGAUCUUCAAAACAGUUGCCAAAAUAUCCAGUAUCUGCUAAAAUUCUAAUAAAAAGAUAUCAAUUGCCGAAUUCAUUCAAAAAAAUAACCUCCGAUGAUAUGGAUGUGUCUGUAAAUAUUGUAAAUGAGAGUGCUGUAGAUUCUAUAGAAAAAAAAUUAGCUCAAUUAUUCCAAACAGCUUAUCGUAGUGAAAAGAAACUUCAACGAAUUAAGCAAAAGGAAAUUUGA